UUAAAUAACCCCGAGUGACUUUCAGUUAAACGCUUUCAAACGAUCGGCAAAAUGUGGUGUACUUUCGUCUUUGUGUUGAUCAUCGUUGUAGUGUGUAACUGUGAGGAGGUUUCUGUUAGCUCUACCAUCACCCCUGACACCGAACACCAAAAACUAAGAAACAUUCUUAACACCUUGAACGAGAAAGUGGAACUACAAUCGACAAUCAGAGAAAUUAACCAUCGUUUAGAAAAUCUGGACAAGCAUUACGCGGAAAGCAAACUCAGUCCUGGAACUACUUGUAACGAAGUCAGUCGUAAAUUGGAAAGGAUCGAAGAGAAGCUAACACUUAACACAACCGAUUCUACGAGAGAAUUUGACGAAAGAUUGAAAAAACUCGAACUACAAAUUGCCGAUCUACAAAACCAUCCUAAGGUAGUACCUGAAACCACCACUAUCCCGGAAAAUUGUCUAGAAGUAAAGAAUCGUGGAAAUAAUGUGUCUGGUAUUUUUCUAAUUAAACCCCAAUUCGCGUACUCCCCUUUUCUAGUGGUUUGCGAUAUGACAACGAGGGGUGGUGGGUGGACAGUCAUUCUAAACAGAUUCGACGGAAGUGUGGAUUUUUAUUUAGACUGGCAAAGCUAUAAACUUGGUUUUGGCAAUCUCGCUGGAGAAUUCUGGUUAGGUUUGGAAAAGAUUCAUAAAUUGUCUGGUUAUCAAGUCAACGAGCUACUAGUCGAAUUAGUGGAGUCCGACAACAAAGAAGCCUAUGCUAGUUACCAACAGUUUAGUGUUGCUAGUGAAGUGGAAGGUUAUGCUUUGCAGACGGUGGGAGGGUUUAGCGGGACUGCGGAAGAUUCGCUAACUUAUCAUGCUGGUUUAAAAUUUACCACGAAGGACAAAGACCAGGAUCCUCAUCCAGGACUAAAUUGUGCACAGUCUGACAAUGGAGGUUGGUGGUAUGGGGAAUGCCACAGGAGUCAUCUCACUGGUGUUUAUAGAGAACAAACACACAAAUAUAGAGGAAUGCGCUGGGGGGAAAGAUAUUAUUUGAAAAAGGCCAAAAUGCUGAUUAAGCCACAACUGGAUUCCUCGUUGGUAUUAUGAACACUCGGAGUCUCUCAAAAAAUAUCUUAAUUACUAAAGAUUUUGAUUGUAGAUAAAUGCAUGAAAGUUGUAUAUAAAUGUGCGUCUGAGAAAA